AUGAAGGAGACAUUUAUGAAGGUGGGUUACAAUUGGUCUUACAAUUGGUAUUGGAGGUGUCAAUUCCACUUUUUAUAUACCAUUGCUGCUAUUCGUAACUUCAUCAAUCCAUUCUUAUUGGCUGACGAUUUGCGGACUGCUCUUCACAGAAGGGAACUUAAGUUGAACACACUGGUCGCGUCACACAAAACAGUCAAGCUCACCGCCUCACAUGGAAAGGUGUGGAGCAGGAAUGCAGUAGCAUCCCGCAUGGAGCAACUUGGAAUAGUAUUGUUAGUAAUGGUUGGCAAGGCAUGCCAUUUUCAUUCAUCUGAUGGUGGGGAAUGUGUAGAAGCAAAAUACCAAGAGAAUUAUGCUGGAUAUAUUCCAGAACAUUUACCAUCACAAAAAGAAGUGUCACUUUCCGCUGACGGCAAUGGACCAAAAGUUGACAGAAUUUCACCGGUAUCUGGUAGCGUCAGAGGCGCGACUGAAAUCGCAAUAGAGGGGUCAGGAUUCAGCCCGACGACUUUCAAUUUUGGUCCUGGAAAUGAGCACCUUGGCAACAAGGUAUUUUUGGAAUUAAUGACGUCAUCGGUACAAUGUGAUGUAAAGCACGCAAGUGAUACUCGUAUCGUAUGUGGCACAAGGAGAGCAUCUCCAGGAAGCUAUACAAUUCGUUUGGCGGUCGACGGAAUAUUCAUUGAAGAUAUCGACGGACAAUAUUGUGACAAUAUGAACGAUUGUACUUUCACGUAUUCUCUGGAUAUGUCGCCGAAAACGUUGUCUGUAACACCAUCGAACAUCGUGCCAGGAACUAUUUUGGAUGUCAGAGGUCAAAUCUUUACUGACAAAUAUUUUCAAAAUGACGCAGAGAAAGAUGAAGAUCUUCCGAGUAUUUUAAGAGUCUAUAAUACAGGCCAAGAAUGCAGCUUGUUGUAUACAGAUGAAGAAGGGGAACAACAACUAUAUGGUAUCACACUUGAUAGUGAUAGUACUUGGGGUAAUUUCCAAUGUCGCCCAGGAGGGACAUUUAUUGGCUCACAGAAUGUAUCUAUGAUCGUUUCUGGUUAUGGACGUACCUUGGCUUUACCUCAGUUGUUGAAAGUCAGUGCACAAAAUAAGCUGUACAUGUUUCAGACUCAUGCAGAAAUCAUCUCUGUUGAUCCAAGUGCUGGCAGCACUGAAGGUGGAACUCAUUUGACAAUUAUUGGAAAACAUUUUGAUACUGAUUCUACAGUUUUAGUAGGAGGUGUUCCUUGUAUCAUUGAUGACAUCACCACAACAACUACCAUCACAUGUGUGACUGGAGCCCAGCCUGCAGCACAGUCACCAUAUCCUGGAAAUAGAGGACUACUCCGAGAGGUAUGGACUGGCACCACUGUCAACAUUAUUAGUGAGAUUGCAACCCUGGAUGAAUCUUCACCUGGAUAUUUAGAUGAGAUUGUUGUUGAUGGAUCCAGUGAGUCUGGUUCUGAUGCCGGUGACAAUUAUGUCUCCAGAUUGAGUGGAUAUUUUGUGGCUCCUUAUGACAGUGACUUUACAUUCUUCAUCAUAGCCGAUAAUGAGGCUCAACUCUACUUCAGUGAGACUGAGAAUAGGAGUGACAAGCAACUGAUUGCUUCCUGUUCUUCACCUACAUCAAAUUGGUUUAGUUUUGAUGAACAGAAAUCUGAAUUAAUCUCUCUCACUGGUGGCACUAAGUAUUAUAUUGAAGCAUUACAUAGAGAAUACUCUGGUGAAGACUCUGUGAAGAUAGGGGUCUUGAUUGACGAUACUCCAUUUGUACAUAGCCAGGUUGAAUCUGCUGUGAAUGAAUUUCAGAAAAUACAAAUAUCGUCUGUGACAAAACAAGAGAUUCAGAGUGUCACACUCUUCACUGAAGACGUUUUUCAAUUUGUGUAUGAUGGGAUUGAGUCAGAUCCUCUGUCAAUAUCAUCUGAGGUUGCUGAGAUCCAAGGUGCCCUACUGAAGAUGUUCAGUGUACAGUGUCUAGAAACACAGACAGCCCCAACUUGGUUCCUAGAUGAUUUUGAAAAUGAUGUUGGCUUACAUGAAACUGGUGAGAGAGUUCAAGAUGAAGAGCCAUUUUGUGGGCAGACCUCUUUGAAGAAUCCAACCAAUAUUUAUGUAGCUCCUGGUGAAGAUGGAUUUCCUGUUUCAGUGUAUAACACCUUCUGCUUUGCUUACAGAGGGGCUAUCAAUCCACAGUUCAAACUGAAUGUGGCAUGGACUGACAUAUAUUCACAACGUAAAGAGCGUCAUGUAUGGUAUGAUUUUGAUGAUGAUUUUGUUGUUUCAUCUGAUGCAGAGUGGUUUCAUACUUGUGUUGAUUUAGAAGAUAUAUUGCUAGCUGAUUCUCGACUUCCAAGUGAAUUCACUUUUUAUAUUUUAUCAAUAACUUUGAAAGGUGAAUUGGAAGAAGAUUUCUACAUCGAUAACGUGUUCAUUGGUGCUGGUCAUGUAAGCUAUGUAAUCACCUCACCCGCUGCAAGACCAAAUGGUUUAUUCAUCUCAAAUGUUACUGUUGAAAAAUACAACAAUACUUUUGACGUUGCUAUGUUACCAGAAAAUUGUGGAUUUGAUUUUCCAUUAAUUGGGAUGAAAAAUGCGAGUAUUAUCUCUGGUAGUAGAGAUGCUGAUAGUGACUAUGUUGAGUACUGUACCAGUGCUGCUUGCGGUGAUGGUGCUGAUAUUGUCAUUAAUAGGGAGCAGUCUGCAACACCACCAGUUGGUGGUACAUUCCAGAUUGAACUUGGUGGGAAAAUUGCAGUAGUACCAGCUGAUGCUACAGAAAGUGAUAUGCAAGAAAUAUUUGACAACAGUUUUGACAUUGGUGUGUCUGUGGUAAGAACUGAUACAUGUGCUGGCUACACUUGGACUAUAGAAUUCAGCAAAGCUGGUGGAAAUCAUCCUCCUAUGAGUGUUGACAACAGUGGUUUAACUGGCUUGGAUGUAGAUACUGUAACAGAAACAUUGAGUAAUGGUGGGUUAUACCUGUUUCCAAUUCCUGGUGAUUAUCUGAGAACUCUAGAUGAGACUCCUCAAGUAACUGUCAGUGUCAACCAGAUUCCUUCUACUUGUACUGGAGAUUGUAGUUUUGAAUACUUGGCUGACCUUACACCACAAGUGACCGGUAUAUCUCCAAUUUCAGGUUCAGCAUCAUCAUCAACUGAAGUGACUCUCCUAGGAGUUGGAUUCAGUCAGACUGCAGAUGACAAUAAAGUCACCAUUGGUGGUGUGAACUGUGCCGUUACAAAUGCUUUAGACACAACGAUUAUAUGCCUGAUUGGUGAAGCUCCUGGUGGUACUCAAGAUGUAGUAGUGUAUGUUGCACCAGAUGGUUUAGCCACUCACCCCAGUGGCACUGUGCAAUUCCAGUAUGAAGUGGGAAUAACUGAUGUCAAUCCAUCUAGUGGCAGUACUGGGGGAGGCUUGGAGAUUACAAUUACAGGUUAUGGAUAUUCAAAUAAUGUUGAUGAUUUAACAGUACUCAUUGGUGGUGCACUCUGUGAUGUGACAUCAUCAAGUCAAAAUACCAUAAUAUGUAUAUUACCAGCUGGGGUUGCAGGCAGUGUUGAUCUGAGCGUCAGUAUUAGUGAUGUAUCAGCUACCAGUGUGAAUGGUUUUCAAUACGAUGCCAGUACUACUCCAUCUAUUACACAAUUGAGUAUCACCCAGAGUAGUGUUGCAGGUGGUGCAACAUUGGUUGUGAGUGGUACAGGAUUUGGUACAGAUGAGUCAAGUAGUGAUGCUCUGAAGAUUGGUGAUGUUCCAUGUCAGCUGAUAUCCUAUUCUGAUAACACAAUAGAGUGCAUAUUACCAGCCCAAUCACCUGGUGUAUAUGAUGUCAGACUUUAUGUUGAUAAUGUAGGAUAUGCAGAUUCUAGUUUUGAAACAACUAUUACCUAUCAGUUGAGUGUGACUGCAAUCAAUCCAGGUUAUGGAUCCAUCAAGGGAGGCACUCUGGUAACAAUAUCCGGGGAGGGAUUCAGUAAUGUCAAUUCUGAAAAUGUAGUCAUAUUUGGUAACAUUGAAUGUCUGGUUAUAAGCAGUAAUUCUAAUGAGAUACAAUGCAUGGCUGGAGACAGUGGCACCACACAUAAUGUUGAUAAUUCAGGACUUCAUGCAGAUUAUGGUUUAGGUUAUAAAUGGAGUCCACAGAGCAUAACAAUAGAAGCUGGUGACACCGUACUGUGGGAAUGGGGCUUACCAGGAUUGAUUAAGGGUAUCACUUAUGGUGUUCAGCAGACUCGAGAUGCUAAUUCUGUAGAGUAUGAUGGAUCAGGAUUUAAAACACAAAGCAGAUCAGCAACAGGUUCAUUUUCCCACACAUUCACUGUACCUGGGACAUACUACUAUUCCAGUGGUCCAGUUGACAGUUUUGGAGAAUUUUUCAUGAAAGGAGUUGUUAUCGUUACUGAUCCAGUAGCCGUCACUGAACCGCUUAGUGUAACUGUUGGUGGAUUUGAGGCUUUGUACGAAACCAACUCUGGUGUUUCAGUCACUUCAUCAUCAUCUUGUCUGGCUGCUGAUCCGUCCUGUGCUACUUCCCAGCCAGUUGGUGUUGACAGCAACAUAUUCUACUUUGUAUAUACUGGAUGCUAUACUCCAAUCAUUGACUCUGUGAAUCCUACUAGUGGUACCAGUGGUACACAAAUAACCAUUACUGGAGAAGGAUUUGCAACCACGCAAUGUGCUAACCAAGUCACGAUAGUUGGUCAUCCAUGUAAUGUACAGUCCUGUACUGAGACCAUAAUUGUAUGUGAUAUAGAUACUGAAGAUGCAUUAACUGUUGGAGUUAAACAUCCCAUCACUGUACAAGUGGAGAACCAUGGUUUUGCUUUGAACCGUGGAUCAGCCACAUUUGAACUGAUUCCACACAUUGAUAGUGUUACUCCAGAUAGUGGAUCCUUAGCUGGGGGUGCCAGAGUUACUAUCCAGGGUAGUGGGUUUUCCAGUGAUGCAGCAGUUGUGGUAGGACUACCAUGUGAAGUUGAGUCUGUCGCAUACAAUGAAAUCGUUUGCAUCACUUCACCAAAUAUAAGAGGAGUGUUUGAUGUUUCCAUAAUGAUUGGCUCAACUACAAGUGAAUGUCUUGGCUUGUGUUUGUUUGAAUUCUCAAAUGCCAUGACUCCUAUUGUGAGUACCAUCAGCCCAACUGACAUCUUUGGAGCAAGUACAAGCUUGACAAUCACUGGAACAGGAUUUGGUAAUGGAGUUGUAACUGUGACAGUUGGUGAGCAUGAUUGUUCAGUGCAGUCAAUAACAGACAUUGAAAUAUCCUGUGAUAUUGGUUAUGUUCCAGUUGGUGAGCAUCAAGUUGAAGUCAACAGAGCUGAUCAAGGUAGCUUUGGUGGUUCUUGUACCCUUGUAGUCACUGGUGAUGGUUUUGAUGAUGAAUACACUGUGGUAACUAUUGAUGGCAAUAAUUGCCCUAUUAGUAGUGUUACAGCUACUGACUUACAGUGUGAAAUACCUGCCAACAACAAUCUUGCACUUGGUACAUAUACCUGUGAUAUACAAGUGUCCAUUUCAACAAGUACAGCUGUAGCCAUUGAAUCUAAUGCACUGACCUAUGAUAGCUCUAUCACACCCAUUAUAACGUCAGUCAGCCCAAGGAGAGGUGGUACAGGUGGUGGAACUCCUAUUACAAUUACUGGAUCUGGAUUUCGUGAUAGUGAGAACACUGUUACCAUAGAUGGAAGUUUGUGUGUGAUAUCAUCAGAAAGCACCUCUGAGAUCAUCUGUGAAACUGAACCCAAUUCUAGAAGUAUUGAAACUAAAGUAAGAGUUUUGGUAAAUGGUGACGGGAUAGCAACACAGGAUGAUGCUGAUUUUGAAUAUGUUGAUUUGUGGACCAGUCCAUGGACUUGGGGAGGAAAUCCCUUGCCCAUUGAGGGUGACUUUGUUGUCAUUCAACAGGGACAGCGCAUAGUGUUAGAUAUUGACACCCCUGUCUUAAAGAUGCUAGUAAUUCAAGGUGGUGCUUUAAUCUUUGAUGAAGCUGAUUUAGAACUGAAAGCUGAAAAUAUCCUAAUAACUGAUGGUGGUCUUCUACAAGUUGGAACUGAAGAAGAACCAUUCCAGCAUAAAGCCAUAAUAACCAUGUAUGGUAAUGUUAGAUCACCUCAGAUGCCGCUAUAUGGUGCUAAAACUCUGGCUGUCAGAAAUGGAACACUGGAUCUUCAUGGCAUUCCCAUUCCCGUGACCUGGACUUACUUGGCUGAAACGGCUCCAGCUGGAGCAACUCAGAUAACAUUGAUGCAAGAGGUUACUUGGCAGGUUGGUGAUGAAAUUGUUAUCGCUACGACGAGUCACAGGCAUAGCAUGAUUGAAAAUGAGCAGCUGACCAUUACAGCUGUAUCCAAUGAUGGUCUGACUAUAGAAUUCCAGCCUGCAUUAGAAUAUGAACACAUCUCAAUGGAAGAGACAAUAGAUGGUGUAGUUUUAACAACUAGAGCAGAAGUAGGUUUACUAACACGCAAUGUACUUGUUAGAGGUUCUGCGCACGCUGAAUGGAAUACUGUUAUUGAAACUUGUCCUGAAGAGUUUGAUACAGAUCAAUUUGCCACUCAGACAUGUUUCCAAGGUAGGUUUGGUGAAGAGACUGGCAGUGACCAAUUCGGCUCUCAGAUAAUGUUUGCUGCUAAGGAACAGGAUUUAAACUUGGUUACUGGAAGAAUUGAAUACAUUGAAGUAACACAUGCUGGUCAGGCUUUUCGCCUUGCUCGUUACCCGAUUCAUUUCCACAUGAAUGGUGAUGUGUCUGGUUCCUAUGUUCGUGGAUGUGGUAUUCAUCACACAUUCAAUCGUGCUGUGACCAUACAUGGUGUCCACAAUCUGUUAGUUGAACACAACGUAGCAUUUGAUAUUAUGGGUCAUGCUUAUUUCAUGGAGGAUGGCAUAGAAACUAACAAUAUUAUACAAUACAACUUGGGUAUCUUUGUAAAGGCGAGUGCUAGUUUACUCAGUGUUGACAUUACACCGGCAGUUUUCUGGAUUACCAAUCCGGAUAAUAUUGUUCGACACAACGCCGCAGCUGGGAGUACACAUUUUGGUUUUUGGUAUAACAUGCCUGUGCAUCCUGGUGGACCAUCUUUUACUUCCACAAUAUGCCCAAGGAAUAUCCCUGUAGCAGAGUUUCAGAACAACACAGCUCAUUCCCUAGGGUGGUAUGGACUAUGGGUGUUCCCAAUAUACACACCGAUGGAAGGCGGUACAUGCAGUUCAAAUAUACCAACAGCUAGUCACUUUUAUGACCUGACAUCAUGGAACAAUGAACGAGGAGCAGAAGUUGUUGAAUCUGGUCCUGUGCAGCUGCAUGAAUUUGUAGUAUUUAAUAAUGACAAGGCUGGAAUUGAAAUGGUUGAUUUGAGCGGUGGAUAUGUUGAUGGUCCUAUGGUGAAAGAUUCAGUUGUCAUUGGUCAUAGCAGCAUUAUCAAUGCAUCAGCAUCAUGUACUAUUGCGGGGAUAAAAACACCCAAGUCAGCUUUUUUGACUGUCGAUGGUGUUAAAUUUAUCAAUUUUGAUGAGGACCGUUGUGCAGCUCUGAGAGCCUGUGCACAUUGCAAAAACCGACAAGGAGGAUGGAAAACUAAAUUUCAGAAUUUAGAAUUUUUCAAUUCACCAAACAAAGUUGGUUUUCAGUGGGAGCAUGAAGCUGUAUAUGUUGAUUUGGAUGGUUCACUGACUGGCAGUGCUAAUUAUAUCGUAACUCCUAACAAUGGUCUUCUUCCAUCCGAUCACUGUGAUGCCACUGAUCUAGCAUUCAACGUGGGUACAUCUCCAGGAGUUGUGUGUGAUAACACAGUAAAAUUACAUCGUUUCUCAUUCAACCAUGCUGCUUCCUCUUUGCAAUACAAAGAUGUCAUCUUCACUCUCGAUAACAGCUUAGGCUCAAGUAUCGUCCCAUAUGAACAGAUGCGUCUCACUCACUCAGAAGGUUGGAUGAUUACUUUGGUAGAUGGAAAGAAUUACAACAUGGUAUGGGAAGAUGCUGAACAACUCACAAAUAUCUCAUACGUCGGCACUCUCUAUAAUAUGGAACCUACUGAUUAUGUUACUAUAAGUCACUCUGUUGCACAAACUCCUGACCGCUUCUCUAUUCUUGGUCAUAUGGCUGACACUACUGAAGAAAUGGUGACCUAUGAUGAUAAUGACAAUGGUGACUUCUACUUUGAUAAUGCUACUCAUUCUGUGUCAUAUCUGUUAUCUGGGAAAGGAGAGUCUGAAGAAGUAAACCGUGAUGUUACCUUCAAUGUGUAUCGUUGUCUGUACCCAGACUGUAUUACACCAGUACCCCUGCCACCACCUGCUGCACGCCCUGCCAAUGCAAUCUUGUGGUCUGACGUUGCUUCCUGGGCUGGUGUGGAAGAUGGAUGGGGUGGAAGUAAUGGUGUAUUACCAGCUGAUGGUGAUGAUGUCAUGAUCUUACAAGAUACUUGGAUUGUUGCUGAUGUAAAACUGCCCUAUAUGAAUAAGCUGUUCAUCUAUGGUACCUUAGAGAUUGACGACACUAUGAACAACAUGAUAAACGCUACUUACGUUUUCAUCCGCGGUGGACGUUUAGUUGUUGGUUGGGAAGAUGCACCAUUCAAGCAUAAUUUCAGAUUUCUCUUACAAGGAAACCACUGGACUCCAGAAAUGCUUUUGCCCAAUGGACCCAAUUUGGGAUCCAAAGUUAUAGGUGUCUUUGGUGACUUAGAUCUUCAUGGAAAAGAACCUAAUAUCUACUGGACUCAUUUAGCUGCUACUGCUAAUGUUGGUGAUGAUAUAAUAACAAUGGAAGAUGCAGUGAACUGGAAAGUUGGAGAUGAAAUUGUUAUUGCACCAACAGACUAUGAGCCUUUCCAUACGGAGAUAUUCACUGUCUUGAACGUCAUUGAUAAUUAUACGCUACAACUUGAUAACAGUUUGCAGUACACACAUCUUGGUGUAAGUCAUACUCUUGCAGAUGGAUCCUGGUCCUACACACUAGCAGCUGAAGUAGGAUUAUUAUCACAUAAUAUUGUGAUAGAAGGUGCAGAUAACCCAGCUGGUACUCUAUCGGAUGAGUCAUUUGGUUGUCGGGUUUUCAUUGGGAGGUUUAUACAAGAAGGUGUGAAUUAUGUGGGGAAUGGCAGAAUUGAAAAUGUGGAAUUUAAGAAUUGUGGUCAAGAAGGUUGGCCUGAUUACUCUGAUCCAAGGUAUGCCUUGGCAUUCCGAGAUGUUGGUGAUAUAAUCCAGAAUUCAUCCUACAUUCGAGGCAAUAGUUUCCAUCAUGGUUUCAAUACUGGUAUUGGUGUGUAUACAACGAAUGGACUGAAUAUAGAAAACAAUGUCAUACACCAUACUGUUGGUGCAGGUAUCAUCGUUGCUGGCAGUGAGAAUCGCUUAGAACAUAAUUUGGUAACUUUAACAAUAUUUCCUGGUACAUAUCAAGAUAGAUUUGAGCCUGUGAAUCUUAUAUGGAUGGGUGGUAUUGAAGUAAACAAGGCAAUGAGGGUAGUCAUGAAAAACAACGCUGUUGGUGGCUCAGAGCGAAUUGGAUUCAAAAUUUCUGGUGAGCCAUGCUACUCUGAACCAGAUCCUGAAAACAAAUGGGAAGGCAAUGUAGCGCAUACAACUCUACAUGGUAUCCAUAUGUACUACAGUGAUGGCCUGACGGGAUGUUCCAAGAUCUCCAACUUCCUUGUCUAUCGAAGCUAUGACUUUGGAGUUUGGUUUCAUCCUCAGUGCAGUGUUAUGAUGUCUAAUUUAGUGCUUGUUGAUAACUACGCAAGUGUCAUGCCAAUGGUCUAUGCACCACAUGCACUCAGUCACCAGACUUCUGAUAAAUUUUCAAACUCUGAUGCCAUACAACAAUCCUCCAAGCAACGUGCACCAAGAACCCCCUCUGGAGGCAAAUCUGGUGUUACCUGGGCUUCUUUCACCUCCAGCACUUCUGGUGCACCAUUUUUUCCAUUCCAUGGAUUGAUGGAUUAUCCGGCAAUAAGUGGCAAGACGAUGAUAACAGACGUCACAUUCUCCAACUUCGGUAGUGCUUGUGGAACAACUGAUGUUGCUAUUAUCACAAAUCCUGCCAAUGGUGAUGCUAUGCAUCCAAUCUUUAUGACAGGAGCAAAGUUUGUGGAUGUCCUACCCACAUCAAAGGUUUUUAUACACUGGCCAUCUUUAGAUUUUGUAAAUCCAGCAGAUUGUGUAGACAUGGAUUGUGAUGGAAAGAAGAAAGCCAUUAUCAAAGAUCUUGAUGGUGGAUUGUUGGGGACACCAGGAACAGUGAUACCAAAGUCUGAAUAUGAAUGGGAUGGUGAUAGGAGACAUGGAGUUGGUGAUUACCGUAUUCCAUUACCUCUACUGACCAAUCUAGAUGGAAGUCGUAAGAACAUUGAUGAUGUAGCACCGAACAAAGGUAUUAUACGGAAUGAUGAGUGUGUCUUUCAUGAUGACUGGCAUGCCUAUGAAUGUCAUGAUUUAAACUACAUUAUGAUGGUAAUUGAGAGUAUGGAUGAAGAUACCGAAACACGACGUGUAUCACCAAUUGGUCUUGUAGCUGAUGGUUACAUGGAUUUAAUAAAUGGACCCAUGGAUCAAGGAUGGUGUCUUGGGUACACGUGUCAGGAACGCAUUAGCACCUUCUAUACUAUUGUUUCCAGUGGAAAGAUUUAUGACAUGGCAUUCACCGGCACCAAUCCCCAAAACCUUCGUUUUCACCUCCUCAAUGCUGAUGAUGAUGAAACUGUGCGAAUUGAUCUGUGGGGAGCAAAUCCACAACGUUUAGAUGUCUACCGCAAUAAUGUGUAUAUUGCACCAACAAAUGCUCAGUUGUCUGGUUCAAGCUUCACUUGGCUCCCUCGGAAUCCUUCUCUUCCUGAUGACCAGUAUCUCCCAACAAUAGGUGGUUCAAGUGGACAAAACUUUCACGACAAUAAGGUUCAAACUCUGUAUUUUCUGAUCCGUGGAUCUGAUGUAAUAGAAGUUCGCCUUAGUCCUGUAAUAAUUGUUGCAUUUGGCAUUGAUCCUGUCCAUAUUGAUGACUUCUUCGAGAUUAACUUGAUUUCAAACCUUGCUAACUUGUUUGGUAUUAGCGCAGAUCAAAUCCGGGUAGUUGACAUUGUCAGACAGAGCAAAAGACGUAGAAGAGCUGUAGAUCCUGCAACUGUGACAGUGGAAAUUGGUGAUCCUCCAACCCCAACUAUUGAUUCAUUGGCUGUUAAUGGCACUGAUAAUUCUACAUUUUAUGCCAAUUCCAAUUAUACUGGUCUCAAUGAUAGUUUAUCAUUUGAGGAAUUAGAAGAGAUAGCAUCCUACCUUGUAAAUGAGGGUCAGAGUGGUGGAUUGGAUGAUGUGUUGGGUGUAAAAGUAUUAACAUUAUCAGUCACUGAUCCUGUAGCACCCGCAGUAGAUUCAACUGGUGGUGUGAGAGCAACAAAUGAAACUGGUGGGCCAGCUGAUGGAGAUGGUGACCAUGUUAAUAACCUUGGUCAUAGUUCAUCACCAUGGCAACUGAGUGUAUCACUUAGACCUAACACAAGUGAUACCAGAGCACAGUUGCUUGGUAACACCAGUGUGGUAUUCGUUAAUGGAUGUGCUAAUUUCACCAAUUUAGCUGUCACACAUGCCGGAGAUUACAUCCUUGACUUUGUCAUCACUGUUCCAGAAAACACAACAUUAGGUGUUGUUUCCACUUCAUUCACUGUAUCCAAUCGUCCAUACUCUCUGGGUGUUGUAGCUGUUCCUGAUUCUGCUCAUGAAGGCGAGUUAUUCACACCACAGCCUAUCAUUGAAAUUGUUGAUACCAUCCUAGGUGAAACUGCAGAAGAUAUCUCAUGGAAGGGUCACAAAUGGACAUCACACAUCAAGUUGUUUAUGCCUUCAUUGUAUCUGGGCAACCUUCAAGGCAACCUGACUGUCCCUGUCCAAGCAGACACCUCACAGACUGCAUACUCUGAUUUAUACAUUGAUACAUAUGGCAAGAACUAUAUUCUUGAAGUGACUGUGUCAUCCAGUCCAGCUGACUAUGAACUAUCAGUUGUAUUGUCAAGUUUUGAUGUGAUUGAUCCUGAUGCAUCUAUUCUAUCUGGCACCACAAAGAGUGUUACAUUGACAUUUGAUGAGGAUUACAACAGUACUUUAUCAGAAUCUUAUUUAUUGGUCAUUAUUUUAUCCAGUGUGUUUGGUUUUAUAGCUGUUUGUGUUAUUGGUGUGUGUAUCUGUCUUGUGAACAAAAAACAACACUCAGGCAGCAAAAGUUUGGUGCAUGCUGAAUCAAUGCCAUUAACAGAUAAGACACCAAUUUCUGAAAGAUUUCUGGGUGAAAAUAGCAGUGAAUCUGGUAUAGCAUUAAGUACACCUGAAACACCAGCUGUUAAUAUCAAUGGACAGAACACUAUGUAUGAAUUUACCCAAGAUGACUUUGACAACAUAAACCUAUCAAGCAGACCAGUCAGUGCCCUGUCUGCGCGAUCUGGUUCUAACACUCCACUCAGAUCUCCAACUAUCAUAGUGGAGUCACUACCACCUGGUUCUGCCACACCAUCUGGUAAUCAGGAAAGUGAGCUGGAUGUUGAUGAAAGCAUGACUGUUAUUGCAUUAAGUGGUGUUCACUCCUUCAGUAGACUUGGCAAUGUGGUGGUGAAUUUGUCUGGCAGUAUGGACAGACUGAGGAAGGAACUUGUCAAAGCAUUGCCCAGCCAACUGAAAGGAAAGCCGUUUGUGUUUCUGCAAGAAACUUUGAAUGUUCUAGAAACUGUGAAAGAGAGGAAAGUUGUUGUAUCUGAGAUCUACGGAGGUGACUGUAUUAUGCUGAAGAUGCUUCCUGAUUCUGCUGCUGAACGAUUCUUCUGUCAUUGUGGUGCUGUAUCUCAUAUAGAUUGCACAUUGUGUGGAAAGCAGUCAUAUUGCAGUGCAAAGUGUCAGAGUGCUGAUUGGCCAAAACACAUGCUGGCAUGUCUGAAGGCCGAUAAUAAACUCCUCUUACCGUGAAUGCAAUAAAACUUGCCUUGAACUCCAAC